CACGCCUUAGACUGAAGAAACUACAAUCUCUAAUUAAGUAGCACCUUAGAGUUCUGAAGUUGCAUAAAAACGAAGAAGGCUAUGGUUGUUCAUGUUCUAGGUUUUCUUGUGGUUCUUGGUUUCAUCCACUCUCAAGCAGCGUUGGUUCCAAAAACUUAUGACUAUGAGGUUAAAGAAGCUAACUUCACAAGGCUAUGCAAGAGCAAGACGAUCUUAACUGUUAACGGAGAAUUCCCUGGUCCGACAAUUUAUGCUCGUAGAGGAGACACCGUGGUUGUUAAUGUUUACAACAGAGGCAACCUUGGCAUCACCAUUCAUUGGCAUGGAGUGAAGCAACCAAGAUAUCCAUGGUCGGAUGGACCUGAAUUCAUCACACAAUGUCCAAUUCAACCAGGAGCAAAUUUUAGCCAGAAAAUCAUUCUUUCUGAUGAAGAAGGCACAUUAUGGUGGCAUGCCCACAGCGACUGGUCUCGAGCCACCGUCCAUGGCCUAAUUGUUGUAUGGCCAAAGAUAGGAAGACCUUACCCUUUCCAUAAACCCUAUGUCGAGUUUCCCAUCAUCCUAGGUGAAUGGUUUCGGUCAGAUGUUGAGGCUGUGUUACUAGACUUCAUGAGAACUGGAGGGGACCCUAACUCAUCUGAUGCUUUAACUAUCAACGGACAACCCGGUGAUCUUUACCCUUGCUCUAGUGCAGAAACAACAAAGUUCAUUGUUGAACAAGGAAAGACAUAUAUGCUCCGAAUGGUCAAUGCCGCUAUGAAUCUCUUUAUGUUUUGGGCGAUUGGAGACCAUGAAGUUAUUGUUGUAGGAACCGAUGGUGCAUACACCAAACCACUAAAAAGCGACUACGUGACCAUCUCUCCUGGCCAAACCAUUGAUCUCUUAUUCACAGCUAACCAACCAAUAGGUCAAUAUUACAUUGCGGCUAAACCCUAUAAUAGCCAACCAGCGAUUAGUUUCGAUAACACCACCACCACAGCCAUUAUCGAGUACAAAGGCUACAAAAAAACUUCAAGGAAACCAAUUUUCCCCCAUCUUCCUAAGGUUAAUAGUACCAGUGCAUCUGUUAACUUCACUGGUAGCCUUAGGAGUUUAGCUAGUCGUGCUCAUCCUAUUGAUGUUCCAUUGAAGAUCACACAUAACUUCUUGUUCACCAUCUCGUUGAACACAGUGCCAUGUGCUGAUAACACAUGUUUAGGACCAAGGGGCUUGAGGUUUGCAGCAAGUGUAAACAACAUAACGUUUCAUUCACCAAAUAUUUCUAUACUUGAUGCUUACUAUGGACGAAUUACUGGUGUUUACGGAGACAACUUCCCAAAUUUCCCACCUUUGUUUUUUAACUUCACCGCGAAUAAUUUAAAUAAUUCGUUGGAGACUCCAUUGAAUGCUACAGAGGUGAAAGUACUCGAGUACAACGACACAGUAGAAUUAGUGUUUCAAGGAACAAACUUAGUUGGAGGAAUUGAUCAUCCAAUGCAUUUGCAUGGACAUAGUUUUUAUGUAGUUGGAUGGGGAUUUGGCAACUUUAAUAGGAGUAAGGAUACUUUGAAUUAUAAUCUUGUUGAUCCUCCUCUUCAACAGACCAUUACAGUUCCUAAAAAUGGUUGGACUGCCAUUAGGUUCAAGGCUGAUAACCCUGGAGUAUGGUUAAUGCAUUGUCAUCUCGAGCGUCAUAUAAGUUGGGGAAUGGAGGCGGUGUUCAUUACAAAGAAUGGUAGCAGGUCAGGGGAAUCGAUGUUGCCACCGCCUCUAAAUAGGCCAUCCUGCACUUAAAACAUCAUAUAUAUUAAUAUGAAUUAGUUUUCUUUUUCUCCUUUUCAUUUUAGUUAUACAUUUGCAUGUUGACUUCAAUUAUUGUUUCAGUGUGUAUAUGUAGAAGAUAGAAUAAUAACCGAUGGAGGCCUAUGUUCCAAUGUUAUACAAACUAAACGAACUUUAUGACUUUAUGCUCUCAGUUUAAGUUUGUUAAAAAAACAUUUGUUAGUGGAUUUAUUAUGUGUGAAAGGAAAGAAAAUAGCUAGUUUAAUAAUAUAAAGAUACCAUCUAUUGUUGGUAAUAGCUCCAAGAUGGAA